AGUCAAGCGACACUUUUCUAUUCCGGCCCCCGUUAUCAAUUCGACCGUCACGAUGCCUACAUUCAAAGCCAACGACGGCAUUACAAUCCAUUACGACACGUACGGAUCAAGCAAAAGCCCCCCUCUGAUCUUGCUCCACGGCUUCACAGGCUCCGGGGCAGUCUUCCAGCGCAACAUCGCUGCCCUCUCCCAACACCACCAUGUAAUCAUCCCCGAUCUCCGCGGCCACGGCUCCUCCGACAAACCCAAGGCCGGAUACCACGUCUCGCGCCUCGCCCUGGAUCUCAAGAACCUGCUCGACCACUUCAACCUUGCCGAUGCUGCGGCCGUGAAAGCCAUCGGUACGAGCCUCGGCGCAGCUAUCCUAUGGUCCUACAGCGAACUCUUUACUACACGCCCUUUUUCCCACAUGAUCUUCGUGGACCAAGCGCCCUUGCAGAACUACCUCGACGACUGGGGCCCGCAGUUUGGAAACCGAGGAUGCAAUUCCCUGGAAGCGCUCCAGGCGAUGCAAAAGACGCUCAUUAGUGAGCCGGAAAAGGCGCAUGUGGGGACCAUUGCGGCGUGUCUGGGGUACAGGUCGCAUCCACAGUCUGGGGAUCCAGCGCCCGAGUCGCAGGUUUGGAAGGAGGAUGAGGCGUUCUUUUUGGGAGAGGCGAUCAAGGGGGAUGGGUGGUGGUAUGGCAAGUUGAUGGCGGACCAUACGGCGAAUGACUGGAGGUAUUCGAUUGCGCAGAAUUUUGGCCAGGCGAGUGCGAGUGAGACGUGUGUGCUGGUGGUUGCGAGUAGUAGGAGUGGGUGUUUUCCUGCGGAUGGCCCGCUGAAGGUCGUUGAGUUGGUUAAUGGAGGAAAGGCUGAGGGCCGUGCAAAGGGGGUGACGGUGGAAUGGGGUGGUCAUUGGUGUUACUGGGAGAAACCAAAGCUGUUCAAUGAACUUGUGCUUGAGUUUUUGAAGUAGGGGUGUAUCAUAUGCCGGUACCAGUUACAAAGCAUAGUGGGGUAUAACUACAGGCCAUAGGCAAGGAAUGGAUGGAUGAUGAACAU